CUGUCGGACGACGGAAACCUCCAAAAACACGUAGAAACUUGCCUACGAUCACGCAUCACUCGCUAUGCUUUCUCUCACACUCCCUCCCCCCUCCCCCUGGCAAUACAGGUGCAACCAUAAGCUACUGUAUGCUGAUAUUCGCAUUAUCGCCUCCGUGCAUGAAAUCUAUCUCUUUUCUCGGAUGAAAGGUUUCUGUUCGAAUCGCGGAGGAAAAGCUAAGGGAGGAACAAUCUACUCUAACCACGGCAGUUCAUCGGUUCCAUGCUUUUUAUAUUUUUCUUACGCCACAUCACCACCCAUCUUUCCCAGCGCUCGUCUUCUAGAUCGUCGCAAUCAGGCCAAUAAACUCCCGAAUAUAUAUCACGAGGCGGCGGUCCAUGCGCGUAUGAGAAAACUUCCCUUUUUUCUCUUCUUUCGAGGGGCGGGCUGUUCUUCUGUCUACGUACCACGCGGCAUCUCUUCUGCUAAAGUGCCUGGCUGUCCAUCUGUACAUGCCAAAUUCAAUCUUGAUUUCAGUGUAUUUUAUCAGCAUCAACCAGAAUCGCUGACUCAAGUGCAUGUAGCAAACUAUCAUUAACUCCGCCACAUCGCGAAGGAGAAGCCUUAUAAGCUCCUUAUCGUAUUAUUAUGUCCCCUUAUAUAUCAAGGUUU